AUGGAUCUCUCAACCAAAUCAACAACAACACUACUCUUCUUUGUCAUCUUUACGCUCACUCUUUCUUCUCUCCUCUCCAUCUCCACCUCACAGGACCUCGCUCCUUCUCCUUCUCCUCCCUCCGUCGAUGACUCAUCAACCUCCUCCUCAUCGCCGUCAUCAUCUGCCGCCCCUACGCAAUCAAGUUCCGCCACGUCAGCUGCUGAAAUAGCUGACGCUUCCUCUCCAUCAGGUAGUGUCUCCGGUGACCUCACCACUGCCGAUACUCCCGCCGCCGCCGUCGACGAUGCUUCUUCCUCCGCUCCAUCCCCCUCUCCCGAUGCCUCGUUCCCUUCGUUCCCGACAAUGUUCUCCAUGAAAUUGGAGCGCAAGAUGCAAGAGAGCUCCAUGACCAAGCCGACGGACUUGGUGAGGGAGUUGUGCUCGGGGGCCGAGAACCCCGGCAAGUGCAUGGAGUUCUUCCGUGAUUCGCGCUCCGAUGACCCGGCAGAGAUCAUCAACACCGAGAUCGGAACAUUGAGGACGCUGGUCAACGAAGGGAUCUCUGCCGCCACCAAGGUCAGGCGACAAGGCAACACCGGUGCUGUCUUGGAUGUGUGCCUUGAGAAUUACGACAAGGCCAUGGGGAACCUCGACAAAGCAUCCGCCACGUGUGCGAAGUGCAUUCGUGCGAACCCUAAGUGCUCUCCCAAGAGCACCGGCGAAGUUAAGACCAUGCUCAGUGCGGUCGUCUCCAACGUGGGAUAUUGUGACGAGGCAUUUAGUGCUCAAGGCGUCACCCCACCGAUGAAGGCUACCAAUGAAGCCGUGAUUGAGUUGACCGAUUGGUUGUUGGAAUUUUGUAAGAAAUUAGGAAAGAAGUAUUAA